AUGGAGGAGGAUAACUUUGAUAUUGACAUAUAUGAAGAUGAACCAUUUUUGUAUGAAGAAGGGAAAGAAGAUGAGGCAUUUGAACAAGAAACACUGAAAGAAUCAGCAAAUGUAAAUACAGACAUAGUAAAGACGAAGACAGAUGUUUUAGAUGCUGAGAAUUCUACUAAUACAACAGAACUUUCGAAUAUUGGAGAAAAAAAAAGUAGAAAAAGUGUAAUAUAUUCAGAAAAAGGUUUGACAGAUGUAAUAGGUAAUAUAAAUACAUCAAGUAAUACAGCAGAGAAAGAACUUUCGGAAACUAAAGUAGACACACGACCUAUUGAUAGCCAUGCAACUACAGCACUUUAUCUUGGAGAAAUGAAUUGGUGGAACUCAGAUGAGGAUAUAAGGAAUGUUGUUCUUGAAGCAGGGAUUGAUUGUGAACUCAAAGAUAUAACUUUUAAUGAACAUAAAGUAAACGGAAAAUCAAAAGGGAUUGCAUUUGUUGAAUUCACAACACCUCAGGCUGCUACAGCAGUUAAACUUUUUCUUGAAAACACUACAAAUCCUGCGUAUAUGAACGGCAAUAAAAAAUUCUCUGUAAGCUUUUCAUCAACUUCUAAUCCUUUCCGUACACUCCCUAAAGAACCUCCAUCUAAAACUGCACGUGGACGUAAUGAUAUGGUUUCUACUAAUACGCGUGGAUUAGCAAGAGUAAAUUCAGGUACUCGCAAUUCAAACAACCGUAAUGCGUCUGGAUACGGAAAUCGAUCAAACUCUGCCAAUAUUCAAGGGAAUGUAAUGAUGGGUGGCAUUCCAGGCAGAAUACCAUUUCCUAACAUGAUGCCUUUCGGUUCAUAUUCUCAGCAACAAGGUACAGUGGGACCCGGUUUUAAUACUAAUAUGAUGGGCUAUGGAAAUUUCGGUGGACAAGGCUUUCCUGCACCACAUUUUAAUCCCACAUUUUUUGGAAACAAUGCACAAGAUCCUAAUGCAUUUCCUGAAACAAAUCCCCAUGGCCAAAAAAGACAAAGAGGGUCUGAAUGA